GAACGUUGCACCCCGAUUUUUCGUAGCCUACUGAGCGCAGCACUGGUCCACAAUGACAUGAUCGCUGCCGCUACACAAAAAAAAACAGAACCUAUAGGCGGACGAACAUCAAGGGAGCCAUGAUUCCUGUGACGGAGUUCCGGCAGUUCUCAGAGCAGCAGCCACAGUUCCGGGUUCUGAAGCCCUGGUGGGAUGUGUUCACAGACUACCUCUCUGUGGUCAUGCUAAUGAUCGGAGUGUUCGGAUGCACCCUACAGGUUAGUGCACAGACUACCUCUCUGUGUGUGGUCAUGCUAAUGAUCGGAGUGUUCGGAUGCACCCUACAGGUGAGGCAGGACAAAAUCAUCUGCCUUCCCCAAAAAAUGACCAUGUACAACCAAACAAUACUCUUACCAAAUAAAACUGCUGUGCAGCCGGAUGUGCACGAGAUGAUGGGCCGGAAAACGAACCUGGACUUCCAGCAGUAUAGCUUCAUCAACCAGAUGUGCUAUGAGAAAGCUCUGCACUGGUACGCCAAGUACUUCCCUUACCUAGUCCUCAUACACACCCUCAUCUUCAUGGUGUGUAGCAAUUUCUGGUUCAAGUUCCCAGGCUCCAGCUCUAAGAUAGAGCAUUUCAUCUCCAUCUUGGGAAAGUGCUUUGAUUCCCCUUGGACUACCAGAGCUCUGUCCGAGGUGUCUGGAGAGAACCCAGAGGAGAAGGUAUUGUUGGACAUCAAGAAGAGUAGAGCGAUCCUCAAUGUGUCUGUAGAGGGGAACCUGGACAGCCUGGAGAAGACCCAGUCCCUCAAAUCCAUCCCAGAGAAGAUCGUAGUGGACAAGCCCACAGCCAGCGCCCUGGAUAAGAAGGAAGGAGAACAGGCCAAAGCUCUGUUUGAGAAGGUGAAGAAGUUCCGCCUGCACGUCGAAGAGGGGGACAUCCUCUAUGUUAUGUAUGUUCGCCAGACUGUUCUCAAAGUGUUCAAGUUCCUCCUCAUCAUCGCGUAUAACAGUGCUUUAGUCUCUGAGGUGCAGAUCACAGUGAAGUGCAGUGUGGACAUACAGGACAUGACGGGAUAUAAGCAUUUCUCCUGUAAUCACACCAUGGCCCACCUGUUCUCUAAGUUGUCGUACUGUUACCUGUGCUUCGUGGCUGUGUACGGAUUCACCUGCCUCUACACUUCCUACUGGCUCUUCUACCGCUCGCUGAAGGAGUACUCCUUUGAAUACGUGAGGCAAGAAACGGGAAUCGAUGACAUCCCAGACGUGAAGAAUGACUUUGCCUUCAUGCUGCACAUGAUCGACCAGUAUGAUCCACUGUAUUCCAAGAGGUUCGCAGUGUUCCUGUCUGAGGUCAGCGAGAACAAACUGAAACAGCUGAACCUGAACCAUGAAUGGACGCCAGAGAAGCUGCGUCAGAGACUGCUGACCAACCACAACGACAGACUGGAGCUGCAGCUGUUCAUGCUGUCUGGGCUCCCGGACACCAUCUUCGAGGUGACAGAGCUCCAGUCCCUGAAGCUAGAGAUCAUCAACAACGUAUCCAUCCCAGCCUCCAUCGCCCAGCUGGAAAACCUCCAGGAGCUGUCUCUGUAUCAGUGUUGCUUAAAGAUCCACUCCACAGCCACUUCCUUCCUCAAGGAAAAACUCAAGGUGCUCAGGGUGAAGUUUGAUGACAGCAGGGAGCUGCCUCAUUGGCUGUACCACCUGCGGAAUCUAGAGGAGCUCUACCUCAUUGGCUCACUGAGUCCUGACGCUUCGAAGAAUGUGGGUCUGGAGUCCCUGAGGGAGCUGAAGCAUCUGAAGACCCUCUCGAUCAAAAGUAACUUUACAAAGAUCCCCCAGUCCAUCGUAGACGUGUCCAGCCACCUGCAGAGGCUGUACAUCUACAAUGAUGGCACCAAGCUGGUGAUGCUCAACAACCUGAAGAAAAUGGUGAACUUGACUGAAUUGGAGCUGGUGCACUGUGACCUGGAACGCAUCCCACAUGCUGUCUUUAGCCUCACAAACCUACAGGAGUUGGACCUGAAGGAAAACAACCUGCGCUCCAUUGAGGAGAUAGUCAGCUGCCAGCACCUCCACAAACUGACGUGCCUGAAACUCUGGCACAACAGUAUCUGCUACAUCCCUGAGCACAUCAAGAAGCUGGGCAGCCUGGAGCGCCUCUACUUCAGUCACAACAAGAUAGAGAUCUUGUCCCCGCACCUGUUCUUAUGCAACAAGCUUCGUUACCUGGAUCUGUCCAACAACGACAUCCGGUUCAUUCCGCCGGAGAUCGGUGUCCUACAGAGUCUUCAGUACUUCUCUGUCACGUGCAACAAGAUCGAGAACCUCCCAGAUGAGCUCUUCUUUUGCAAGAAGCUCAAAACCCUCAAACUGGGCAAGAAUAUGCUGUCGUUGCUCUCACCAAAGAUCUCAUACCUGGUUCUAUUGACACACCUGGAACUGAAGGGCAACCAUUUUGAGCUCCUGCCCCCAGAGCUGCGGUUCUGCCGGGCAUUGAAGCGUGGCGGCCUAGUGGUGGAGGACAUCCUGUUUGAAACCUUGCCUUCGGAUAUCAGAGACAAAAUGAAGGCUGAGUGAAAUGCCUUACAGAAUCUAUGCAAAAGGCCCUGCCAUACACUAGCGUCCUUUCCAAGGGUUGUACUUGUACAUUAAGCUGCCUUACAUAAACAGGAGAUUGGCUUCUGCCAUAAGGGGCCAUUCUGGCUUGGACAAGCCAAUUUACAUGUCUGUGCAAAAAUAAAAUGCCAAUUAUGUCUUAAUCUGACAAUCAUAGUCGACCAAAAUGGUAGAUUUUAUUGUAUACUUAGCUCAUCAUGAUCAAACUCUAAACACUAUACCCUCAGUUCGUAAUGGGGAACAGUUAUGAUAUUCAUGGGUGUAUGUUUUUGAGUAUUAUGUCUAAGUGUUGCUAUAUAACAGAAGGAAAUAUAGCUUUAUGUUGUAGUUUAAUGGUUCUUAACAAUAUAAUUAGUCACAGGCAAGGUAUACUUAGCCCUGGUACCAGCCUAUUUGUGCCAGGGGACAACAAAUGCCCACUUUCAUUGAAGCCACGGAAGUUCAUGGCUGACUGCGGUUUUGCAGGCAUUGAUAGCAAAAAACAGGAUCCCCAUGAUAGUGAAUGAAUAAAUGACAAUCUUCGUGGUCAAUGCGCUAUUGCAUCUUCACAUAGGAAAGGAAUGGUGUCAUGUGAUGGAUGUCUUUGUCCAUUCAUAUAUACAGUCAUUGAUUUGUGCUAACAUUCGACUGCUUGUACUCGUAAUGUUUUGCAUGACAUGGAGUGGCAAUGAGUGGGAUGAUAGCAUAAACAGAUAUGGGACCAAGCUAAGGUAUACUGUCCAUCAGAAGAUAUCAAUUACUAGAUUGCUUGUUCUUGUAUUGUCGAUACUGUUAUUUAUUACACUGUAAUGUAUUGUGCAGUUUGUCUAGCACACUUUUAAUUCAACAUAAACUGGAUAGAAUGCAGGCUUAUAAUCAGAAAGAUAGAAUGGAAAUUGUUAAGAAUUCUCUAGUCUGUGGGGUAAAAGUGGGGAGAAGCAUUCAAGGACAAAUGGCAUUCAGACAGGUGUGCCAUCUAACCAGCUCUAUGGCCAGGUACAAAAACGGGCAGGUUUGAAGGCACCUCCUUUCUAUUCCGGCAGAGACGGUAGAGAAGCGAAACAUCCCACACCCACAUUUUUCCUGAUCGAGGCGGGGCCACUCUGGUCUACUUAUUGCCCUGGCCCUGCGGAAGGGGUGCCCCAGAGACUGUAGGGAAAGGAGAUAUCUCACUGGCUUUUUUUUUUUUUUUUCGGGGAGGGUGGAGCGAGUGAGAAAGGGACAAUAAGUAGACCAGCGACAGCUGUUCCCUCUUUCAUGUGAGUAUGCCAGAUAUUAUAGAGGCAGUGAGCUCACACUGGAAAGCAUGCUUAAAGUAUUUUUAUUAUAUUUGAGCAUAUUAGCGUAUGUGCUACUGUGCAUCUGCUGGUAUAGUGUGAAUAUCUUUGAAUGCAUCAAUGUUAACUCUUUAGGGACUAUUGUGAUGAGUCCAAAGACCAACAUUGGAGUGAAUCUGACUUUUGUCUAUGAGAAUAUUUUUGGGUGAUAAGUGUUACAUAGUUAAUUGUUAGUAGCUUAAAGGAUUAAAUGGACAGACCCAUACAAUCUGAUUUUCUGAUUUAUCAAUAAAUCAGACAUCUCCAAACCAAUCCCUUAGCUUAUCUCAAACUAAGUUACUAAGACAUGUACCAUGAGGCUACAUACCAUGUUAUUUGGAAAUGGUUCAUGAUAAGAAGUUUUUCAAAGGUUUAGAGGAGAACUUUAACCCUUGAUACCCUUUUUAUGUCUCCUCCUAAUAAAAUAAGAUUGUCAAUGAGCAUUGAUUCUAGAAAACGAAUGCUCAGUUUCUGUUGCGCUUGGCAUUGCAGUACCACGUACCUAUAGAAGCAUUUUAGCCACAGACUGUUAUACUAGUUGUCUUUGUUUUAUACAUGUGCAAUUAUAUAAGGAAUCGGCAACUCGUUCUCCUAAGAAAUAAGUUUGUCCACUUGAUUUCAACAUCUGAACAAAGUGGACAGGCUAGAAUGCUCUUCAAACAGUUGGAGAUGUACAGAAGGGUAUGUUAAUAAUAAUUCAACUGUUCUACCUUGCUAGCUAGCAAAUAGAUCCAAGUUGGCUUGACUUUAAGUAUAAAGAUGAGCUGUCUACUCACUAGCACCUGGGGGCUUGUGCUUGGUAAUAGAGCUGGGUGACAAAAAUCUAUAUCGUGAUAAAUUGCCUGAAUUGAUGUGAUAACGAUAAAUAUAACGAUACGUUUAUAACAUUAACCUCUACAGGAUCGGUCCCCCCCACGGGAUGGUUGAGCUAACGUAGACUAAUGUGAUUAGCAUGGGGUUGUAAGAAAAUUUCCCAGGACAUAGACAAAUGAUAUGGGCAGAACGCUUACAUUUUUGUUAAUCUAACUGCACUGUCCAAUUUACAGUAGCUAUUACAGUGAAAGAAUACCAUGCUAUUGUUUGAGGAGAGUGCACAGUUAUGAACUUGAAAAUGUAUCAAUAAACCAAUUAGGCACAUUCGGGCAGACUUGAUACAUUUUGAACAGAAAUCCAAUGGUUCAUUGGAUCAGUCAAAAACUUUGCCCAUACACGGCAGGUAGCCUAGGGGUGGCAGGUUAGAGCGUUGGGUCAGUCACCAAAAGGUUGCUGGAUCAAAUCCCAGAGCUUACAAGGUAAAAAUCUGUCGUUCUGCCCCUGAACAAGGCAGUUAACCCACUGUUCCCUGUUGGCUGUCAUUGUAACUAAGAAUUUGUUCUUCACUGAAUUGCCUAGUUAAAUUAAAUAAAUACACUGCUGCCAUAUAGUGGCCAAAAUCUAAAUUGCGCCUAACCUGGAAUAAUACAUUGUGACCUUUCUCUUGCAUUUCAAAGAUGGAACACAUUUUUUUUAUGCAAGUUUUUUUUCUUUGUAUUAUCUUUUACCAGAUCUAAUGUGUUAUAUUCUCCUACAUUAAUUUCCCAAUUCCACAAAUGUAGUGUUUUGUUUCAAAUGGUAUCAAGAAUAUGUAUAUCCAUGCUUCAGGUCUUGAGCUACAGGCAGUUCGAUUUGGGUAUGUCAUUUUAGGCAAAAAUGGAAAAUAAGGGUCUGAUCCUUAAGAGGUGUGUGUGUGCACCACAUUUUUUUUAAUUAUCCUUUAAACUACUACUACUAAUUUGAUGGUUGUAGCCAUCAAUUGACCCAUUAACAAUUACCCAUAUUAGCAAACCUAUUUUAUUUUCAACUUCACAUUUCUGUAGUAUAGGCUACUUCUCAUAAUGAACGACAUCAGCGAAAUGCCUGCGAUAAGAAGUUGGUCAUUAUUAGUGAAUGUGCAUUAUGCAUGGUUCUGGUCAAAUUUGUAACAACAAGAUCAUUUUCAUAGACAGACUUGAAAGCCAGAUCAGUGAGUAUUGCAAAAACCCAGGUUAAACUAUUUCGAUAAAAUACUGCAUUUAUUAGUGGGUCUUAUGGUUGUGGAAGGCUUAUAUUGAGCCUAAAUAUAAUUUUGCAAGCCCUGAAUUCGUUAGAGUAUUGCUGACUGUUUAAAAUGCAGUGUAUUUUACCGUUAAUUGUACAACAAAGCAUAUUUAGAGAAAAAAAAUUUAAAGAUAUAUCGGGAAUCACCCACAAAUUAAAAAAAAUCGAGAUAUAAUUUUUAGACCAUGCCCAGCCCUAACUUCAAGUAGUAGAAGAAGAAAAUGUACUACUUUAAAAUGGAUAGUCCACUCUUCAGUACAUUACACACUCACAUCAGGCAAG